CCCCAAACAGUCCCUGGUAAUGACCCGGAACUCAAAUCUUUAAUUUGAGACGAACCCGGUUGGCGACAGUGUUCGCCGCCAUUGUCACGAUUUGAAAAGUUAACCUCACUUGUGCCGUCAACCGUCCAGAUUAUUUGGCUUUAAAUAUGAACGAGUCAAACAGCCGGGAGCUGCAAAGGGCGCAGACCCACUUGCGGACCCUUUUCCGGGCGUUCGUCCAGGUCAGUGAGAGCAGUCUGAACCGCAAAAACCAGCAGCUUCUGGACGACCUCGACAAGCUGGAGUUUGGGGCACCGCUCCCGGAGUUGGCCCAGUUUGCCGGGGAGUUACCCGAGUUGCCGUCAGUGGACCCCACGGAGCUAAGGAGCGAGAUGGUCAAGGCGCUUCAGCUGCUCCAGGUGCUCAAGAACAAGGCGGACUGCCCGAUAUCGCGUAUCGUUGAUGAGGUUUGAGUAAGUGAGUGGAGGUCACAUUGAAAAUUUAUUAUCCAAAAGUUAUGAAGAAACAUGGAUUAAUAAUAUACAAUAAAUAUUCACAUAUAAAAUAACAUCAAUAAGUAAAA